AUGACGGCAACAAACAACAACAGCAACUAUAUCGUUUCUGAUGAAAAAGUUAUUGAUUCAUUAGUUGAGGAAUUAGUUGUGGCAGAAACUAAAACCCUCAACGAAAGAAUUGGUGAAAACAUGAUUGAUUUACAUAACUACCUCAAACAUGAUGGAGGAAGAGGAAGGAAAACUGGUACAGCUUUAUUAGUAAAUAAAAUUUCAAAUUUAACGAUUAUAGAUGUUGAUAUCAAUAAAUCAUACAAUGAUGAACUUAAAGAAACAGUUAGAAAAGACAUUUUAUCAAAACUUUCGGAUAAAGAUGUUAUCGUUAAAACUGCAUCAGGAGGUCUUCACAUUUAUUGCAACACUAAUUUCUUCUAUUCAACCUCGAACAGAAUGAUUAAAUGUUAUUCCUGCAAUGAUUAUGAUAUUGAUAUCAUGACUUCUAUUGAUGAUUCAAAGCGUUCUUUAGUGGUUAUGGCUGAUUCAAGAGUUCGCAAGAAUGCAACAGAACCAAUCAAUACAUACUCAUUCAUUCGUGGAAGUUAUGAUUCAACAUUAACUAGAACAGUGAAUGAUAUAUUAAAUGAUUUGAAUAUUAAGGUAAGAGUUGAACAGAAGAAUGAAGAAAUAAAGACUAUCAUGAAUGAAAACAAAGAUGUAAACAUUGACGAUAAACUAGCUCAAAGCAUAGUUGAUGGCAUCUGUGAUUUUGAAGUACAUAAUGAUGGUGGAAACAUGAAUUUAGAAAAAGAAAUAACAUUAUUCACACUGUUUCAAGCUAUUAAUUCGUUACCUAAUCAUUUAAUUAAUGAAGCAUACGAUAAC